AUGGCCGCAGCUCUCACAUUAGGGUUGCGAGGACACCAUGUCACUGUCCUUGAAGCGGCACCAAAGCUCAUGGAGGUUGGGGCUGGUAUCCAAGUCUCCCCGAAUAUGUUACGUCUGUUUGAUCGAUGGGGUGUUUCUGAUCUGAUUCACGCACAAGACGUAGCGUUGGAACAUAUUCACGUCCGCAGAUGGGACAAUGGCAAGCUUCUCGGCACAGUGCCAGUGAACAAAACCUUCGGUCAACAAGUAGUCAUUCACCGCGCAGACUUACACAACGCAAUCAUUGACCGGGCAAUUGCCCUGCCCAAUGUCGAGUUGCGAGAAAACUCGCCCGUGAAAGAUGUCACCUUCAGCCCCGCAAGCGUGACACUUGCCAAUGGCGAUAUCGUCCGCGGAGACGUUGUGAUCGGUGCUGACGGCAUCAAAUCCACGAUCCGGAGCCAUCUGCUCGAGGAUUCGACUAUUAAAGCUGUCGCUACUGGUGACGCAGCAUACCGUAUCAUGCUCCCUCGCGAAGUUAUGGAAAAAGACCCCGAAUUAAAAGCCCUCAUCGACGAGCCGCAGGCGACUCGUUGGCUUGGUCCCUCGCGCCAUAUUAUCGCGUACCCGGUACGCAAGCAUGAACUGUACAACGUGGUGUUGCUUCAUCCUGAUAGCCAUGGCGUCGAGGAGUCAUGGACAACCAAGGGUUCGAAACAAGAAGUUGUCGACAAUUAUGAUGGGUGGGACAGCAAAGUACGAAAGUUGAUUGAUCUGGUCGAUGACAACGAGGUUUUGGAAUGGAAACUCUGCCUGCACCAUCCACUGCGGACCUGGAUCCGGGGAUCAGUGGCUCUGAUCGGCGAUGCGUGCCAUCCCAUGCUACCAUACGUUGCCCAAGGUGCCGCACAGGCCGUCGAGGAUGCCGCCGCGCUUGGUGUCGUGUUAUCGGCAAUUUCUUCUCGCGAGGAAAUCCCACUCGCAUUGAACGCGUAUGAAAAGUCCCGAAAGGAACGUGCUGAGACCGUACAGCAAUCUGGAUCCGAGAAUCGUAUCACGUUACACUUGCCAGAUGGACCUGAACAAAUUGCUCGUGAUGCGCAGUUCCAGGCCUCGGCCAGUGGUAAUAACCCGGAUAAAUGGUCUGACCAAAGAACACAGGAGUUCCUUUGGGGCUGGGACGCAGAGAAGGCUGCUUUGAACACCUGGAAUGAAGAAAGCCAUCUCAAAGUCAACGCAAACUUAUGA